AUGUUUAUAUCUUUUUUUUCUCUCAAUUGUGGGUAUAUGACUCAAACACUAUACACCAGAAUCCACACUAUCUCUACACAUAUAAAGAAGUACCAUGGUAUCGCUGAUACAAGAAGUAGCAGAGCAAUUACUGGUGCGUGUCUUCAAGAUGUUCCAGCUGGCGUGCAGUGUGCUCAUCUUGCUGCUGUUGGCACCAAUCCUACUACUCGAUGCGAUCGAUAUCGUACUGUACGUAGCCCGGCUCAUCGACUAUUGUAUCCGACACAUAGCAUACUACCGGAGGAUAUCCGGCUAUGA